AUGUCCGAAUCCAGUGGAGUGCUUAAGGAGCAAAAUCAUCUGGAUGGGGUGCGCCCGACAUCUGGUCGAGUCUCCAGUGCCUUUAUGAUUCGCUCAGUUCAGUCCUCGUCCGAGUCGCCGCCGCCCGACGCGGCACCCUGGUCAUCUGCUAUCGGGCACGCUGGCACUGGCAAAUCAGGCAGAGUGAUCGAGAGACUUCAGGGCGACAUUGACAGACUACGGCGGGAAAGGCAACUUCUGACGACGCGGCUAGAGGAAUCAGAAAAACAGACCGAGACCUUAAAGACACGCAACCAAUCCCUGCAAGACCGGACGAGUAACUACGAGCAAUCUCACGAAGCAACACUUCGAGUAUUAUCGAGAAGAGAACGCCAGGUCGAAGAGCUACGGGAAGAACUCAGAAAAGAGAAAUUGAGGACAGCGCAGGCUGAAGCCCAAGCGGCGGCUGCAAUCUCGAACGAGGAGGAAUGGAGAAACCAGGCCCAUCAGGCGAGGGCCGUUGCCACUCAGAAGGAGGUGGAGUAUGACACGAUUGUCGAUUGUCGGAAAGUGGACUAUAAUCGCCACCAGGCUGGACUCGACAAGGUCAGAAGUGAAGUCGGUAGGCUUCUACGCCAAAAGGAGGAAAACGUCGAGAAGCAGAAGAAGUUGGAAAUAAUCGCCGAACAGCAGCAGCAGACUAUUUCCCACCUUGAGGAUCUCAAUCGAAAGCUGUCUACGAAUUUUAAGGCAUACAGGCGUGAGAUUGACAGCGCCGUAACCGACCUCCGACAAAAUGCCAGUCGCAACGAGCAGGCAGUGGACCAGAAGCUGGAUGAGAUGACUGAGGUAACAGGGCGAAUGCGGUGGGUGAUGAACAUCGGAGAUGUUGUCCACCGUCAUCACGCUGGUCCGCUUUCGUCUCAGGCAGAAGACCCAAGGAACGGCGCUACAUCGAGGCCGCAGACAGCCACCGAACCCGAUGGAAAGAGAAGCCGUAGUCCUCUCAAGCUUACCAAGCACAGACGAAAGGAUUCGACAAAACUGCCCAAGUGA